AUGAAUAUCGAGUCCGCUCAGGCGUCGUUGCUGAACCUCGAGGAGGAGAUCUCGAAGCAGACAGCUCUCGUCAAUGAGCUCCGGACAAAGAACGCGGAGACGAGUGCUUUGGAGGAAGCGAAGAAGAAACUGGGCGAGCUGAAGAAGACGCUGGCGUUGAGCAAAGGCGCGGGAGGAAGCAAGGAGGGGAAGAAGAAAGAGCGGCUGCUACUGAAGACUGCCAAGGGAACCCGAGACUAUGGACCAGCCGAGAUGCACUGCAAGGAGCACAUUGAGCGCACCGUGAAGGCCGUCUUCUCCCUUUAUGGUGGCUCACAACUGGACACGCCUGUCUUCGAGCGGAAAGACAUCCUCACAGACAAAUACGGCGAAGACUCAAAGCUCAUCUUUGACUUGAUGGACCAAGGUGGAGAGCAACUAGCGCUACGCUACGACCAUACUGUGCCAUUAGCACGAUGGCUAGCAAUGCAGGGCAAUGCGGCCAGCAGCACUGGACAGAGUAAAAUCUGGCAAGUGGGGAAGGUGUACCGCAGAGAUAACCCAGUGAUGAGCAAGGGCCGAAUGCGGGAGUUCUCACAAGCUGACUUCGAUAUUUCCGGCGUCUGGGACCCGAUGAUUCCAGACGCAGAGAUCAUAUCGUUAGUGGCCACUGUCUGCUCGAGGUUGGAUGUCGGGGAUUUCCUGAUCAAGAUGAACCACCGAAAAAUCCUGGACGGUAUCUUCGAAGUUUGCGGCGUCCCGCCAGAAAAGAUCCGAACGAUCUCCUCUGCUGUAGACAAACUCGAUAAGCUGCCUUGGGCCGAGGUCAAGAAGGAAAUGACAGUGGAGAAGGGUCUGCCAGAAGACAUUGCAGACAAAAUUGGCGAAUACGUCAAGCUAAAAGGCGGGCCCGCACUGCUGGAGCAGCUCAAAGCGGAUGAAGUACUCAUGGCAAAUAAGAGCGCAAAGCAAGGUGCUGAGGAGAUGACAAUAUUGUUCACGUUAUUACGAGCAUAUAGAUGUCUAGAGAAGGUAUCCUUUGACAUGUCGCUAGCCCGCGGACUGGACUACUACACCGGUCUCAUCUAUGAAGCCGUCGUCGAAGCCUCAGCACCCCCAGCCUUCAAAUCCGCCGACGCGCUUGCGGGCACCUCCACGCCCGCACCCGAAAAGCCGAAGAAGAAGGCGUCGCCCAAGUCUACCGACGGCUCCCUCGAAGAGGAGGAGGAGAUCGACGAGUCGCAGGUAGGCGUGGGCUCCAUCGCCGCGGGCGGGCGGUACGACAACCUCGUGGGCUCCUUCGUCGCGAGCGCGGCGGGCGACGAGAAGAAGGCGGCGAAGGGCGGGCUGCCGUGCAUCGGCGUGAGCUUCGGGCUCGACCGCGUGUUCGCGAUCGUCUGGCCGAAGUGGGUCGAGCGCGGCGUGCGCACGAAGGACACGCUCGUGUACGUCAUGAGCGCAGGCGACGGGCUGCUCGAGGAGCGCAUCGAGCUCGUGAGGGAGCUGCGCGAGGCGGGAAUCAAGGCGGACUUUUUGGCAAAGGCCAAGCCGAAGCUGCCUGCGCAGUUUUUGGCGGGUGAGAGGGACGAGGUGCCGUUUGCGGUCAUUUUGGGCGGGGAGGAGUUGGCGAAAGGACUGGUGACGGUGAAGGAGCAGCGGUGGGAGCUGGUGCCAGGCCAGGGCAAGCGGAAGAUUGAGAGUGCGGAUAAGGGAACGCAUGUGAAGAGGGAGGAGUUGAUUGACUGGCUCAAGAGUCGGGACGGUUGGAAAGCGUGGGUGGCGGGUGAGAGUUAG